AAAAAGAAAAGGAGUGGUGCAGUAGAGAAAACAAAGAACUUCCUUCAUUACCAUUUUAGAGAGAGGAGAGAGAAACUUUAAGACGGUGCUGGAUUUUCUCGUCUUCUCCCAAUUCAUUCCUUUUCCUUUUUUCCUGAGUUUUUUUCUCUCUCCUCUUUAUCUUCCGUAGAUUCUGCUUCGCUCCAGAUGAUAGUCUUUUUUUCAACUGUAUGCAAGACUUAAGAUCAAUAGUCAAUGUUGAAGCUUUGAACGUCAUCAUUUUUUAGCCCUUUUCUGGCGUAGAGUGUAUUUGUACGAGCGCUUCAAGCUGUACAUAAGAGCUCAAUUUUUGUUAACAUUUUCUGGUGUACGGAGAGCUUCAAUCAGUACUGCAAUUUUUGUGGAGGACUCUGUGGAAGCUUAAGAUGUCUACUGCAAAAGUGAUUUUUACAUACAAACGAAAGCGCUUAUCUUCAUGCUCUGGUGUUGGGCAUGCGGAUGUCUGUACUGAUUUUUCUUUCGAUAUUGAAGCGGACAAACAUCAGGAUGGCCCCAACGAGAAAGUCAGGAGUCCAGAGAAAGAUUUAAGGUGUGUCUGUAGUGGGGAAGAAAUGCAAGCUACAUGUUCAUCUCCUGGGGAUUACAAUUCAAAUAGAUCGGGAGAGAAGUGUGAUGUUCAAAGAUCUGAUACAUCAAUUACAACUAACUCAAGCAAAAUGGUCCUUGGUUCACAUGAGUUGCCUGGGGACAAUGCAUGUAAAACAUCAAGCGGAAAUGUUUCAUCUGUAGCAUCUUUAGGGGAAACCACCAACUCAAUUGAGAAGCACUCUUCUUUACGACACUCCAGCUGUGUAGACUUUGAGGGGUGUAUGCAGGGUGGUUCAGUUUCUCAAUCAGUGGAGAAUAAAACUGAAGUUGCAAAAGGAAAAUCUAGUGCUCCACUUCGUACAUUUAGCAGAAGGCUGAAAAGGAAAGUGGACGCAUGUGAUGCAGGUAUGUUUACCGAGUUACCACUUAGGGAAAGAGAGACACUCUUGAAAAGGCGUGACUCAGGGCCUGUUCAGAAAUCUUUGGAUAUAAAGGCUGAAAGCAGCGAUGCUGACAUGAGGAGUAUGCUCUGUCAAGGUAGUGAGAAAAUGACUGGAAAUGGAAUUAGAGCUUCUCCAUGUCCUUGUGCACGAUCUUGUGCAGAAACUCUGAUCAUGAAGCAAACUGAGAAAACAAGUAAUUCCCAGGAAGACUUGGUUGUGGACACCUCGUCUGUUACUAAAUCAACUGCAAUUAGGACAUCAGGAUCAGUUCACUAUCCUGAUGCAAUAGGAAGUUCUAGACUUCAGAAGGAUGAUGUUAGAUGCUCAUCAUAUGAUGAAACUGUGGUUUCCUCCUGUAAUGAUGUAGCCUGUAAAAUGGAUAAGCAGCCUGUGUCACACCAACGUGGAGCUUCAAGUGGUGAUUCUCAGCUCACAUCAAGUGAUUCCUCGGACUUGAAAAUAGGUGAUGCCAAGAGAGGGGAACAUAGUGCUCGCUCAAAUUCAUUGGACCUUUCUCGUCCUCCACCUGGUGAUUUUAUAAUCGACUGCAACAUGGUUCCAGAAACUGAUGUUCAAGGGGAGGCUUCAGAUAUUAUUCAGGAUUCCUUAACAGUAAAAAAUAAGGAAAAGGUUAUGCAAGAUGGAAAUAUAAAGAACAAGGGUUUUGAAUUGUUUGGUGAUAACAGUGUGCUAGUUGAGGACUCAUCUGCUGGCAUACAUACUUUAAAAAAAACAAAAAGUAAACCCAAAACCAAAUGUCUUCAGCUAUUUUCAGAAGAUGGAGAAUGUAGUCAAUUCAAUCCGUCAAAUACACAUUCCGUGAUUGGUCGCAGCAAACCUCAGCAAAAUCUACCCUUUAUUCUAGAUAGUCAAAGGCAUCAGAUUGAGCAAUCCUCCAGUAAAACUUCAACUGUUCUAGGUCAAACAUCCAAGAAUGGCCCCACCACACACCAAUUCCAAAACCCUAAUAUCAGAACCUGUGAUCUCAUUCAGAAUCCACCUGUCCAACCUUUUCCUGACCAGGCAUCAUUGAGACACAAGCUAUUACUCGAGAGUAUUAACACUAAAGCUACUUCUCUGAGGGGAAAUAGAAACAUAUCUCUGGAAAAGUUUGACCCAUGUCCAAGUCAAACCAUGUGGUCAGAAGAGGAGUUAGAUUCUCUUUGGAUCGGUAUGAGGCGACAUGGAAGGGGUAAUUGGCAUGCUAUGAUACUAGACCCUAGGUUGCGGUUUGCACCUUGGAGAACGGUAGCAGACCUAGAGGAACAGUGGGGAAGAGAACUGUACAAUCUUUUCAGUGCUAAACAUAUGCCAUCAUGUAGAUACCUAAAACCACAACAAGAUGCUUACAAGUUACAUUGCAAUGGUGGUGGUAGAAGAGAGGCUGUUGCAACUGAGACUCAUCUUUCUUUGGGUGAUGUAUAUGCUCAAAAAGGGUUCCUUUUAAGAGGAGGAAUUGGUCCGAGUUAUGGGAUUACUGAAGCUCAAAAGCAUGUAACAAUGGCUAGUAAUGGUGGAACUUAUGCUUGUGGUUUGUUCAACAAUGUCCAAGCUAGUGUUAUGAUUCGAAGUGAAGUAUUAUCAUCUGAUUGUCCAUCUGUUGCUUUUGGUAUGAACAAUUGUUUACCUCAUUGGCUUAAAGAUACGAACAGCGCACCUUCAAGGCCACCGGUUCCACAUCAAAUGGGAGGAGGAGUUCAGGUUGUUCAUGCAUUUCCAGAAACUUCUGGAAUAUCUUGUAAGGAGAAGAAGAAUCUAGUCAAUACUACUAAGCCUGCUGAGCUGUCCAGAUCGAGUCGUUUACAGUGUGGCAACCCUUUAACAAGAAAACCAGGUUUGACUGAAAACCCUAUCGUAAUUGACAGUGAUGCCUCGUCAGAGGAAACAAUAUCAGACGAUAAUAAUAAUAAUUAGGAGUUAAUUAGCGAGGGGACUGUGUUUAAGGUCUCACGGUUGAUUUUGUACAAAUGUGUUUCUAAUGUAUAGUUGUGUACUUAUAUAGAAACUGUUGUAGGGAACUGCUUAAACUUUCCAGUUCCUCAAUUUUGAUCCCUGUGAUUCUUUGUUGUGCGCGUUUUCUCUGUUGACUCGAUAUGCUUGCAGCUCGGACAUGCGAAGUGCUGAUUGAUAUUCAUGGCAUUGAUGUGGUUUUAUAUAAUGUAAGUCAUUAUGUAGA